UAAAAGUGCCUCGUAAUGCAACUGUUUGCUUGUAAAUUACUGUUUUCCGAAGAAAAAAAAAUAUGUAUCUUUACAGCCAAUUAAUCGAGAGACUGUAAAUAGGCAGUUUAAGAGUAAAUUAAAAUGACAUUAACAUCUUUUAAGUUUAAUUCGCAAAACAAAGUUUUAAUUUGGUAUCAGUGAGAAAAUAUUUUUUAUACAAAUUUUUUAUACAAAAGUGAUAGUAACACUUACAAAGGAUUUUUACUAGGGUAAAAUAUUUGCAUUCCGUUCUUCACUGAAUCAGUGCAAAACGUAGCAUUACGUAGAUGCAGCCAACCAAAAAAUCAUAAGAUAAUAUGUGCAAAGUUUUAUUUCUUGGUACAAUGCAGCAUUGCAAUUUGUAUAUAAGAUCUUUUUUUUCAAAAGCAUAUAAACUCUAAAACUAUCACUUGUUAAAUCAUCAAAUGCUACGUGUACCUGACUGCCCUUGUACAUACACAAUUAUCGACCAAAUUGAAUUUCUGAAAAAAUUCGUAAAACGAAUCACGCAGUAAUUCUUAUCACAAUGACUCCAGCACGAAUGAGCAUUAUUAAAUAUUUGCUAAACACUUGACGCAAUACUAUGAAUUCUUCGUUCAUACCUAUAAGACAAAAUCUAGCACCCUUAGAAUUUUCAAUGCCUAUAAUUUUCGUUCAGCGUUUACCAAAACUGCAACACGUUCCCUCCUACAAGGACAACAACAGUAAACACAAAGCAAGAAAGUUUUUGCGUGUCUUGCAUGCACAACUGCCAAGUUAAAGAUGCCCAGCAAUAAGUACUUGAAGGAGGUAACGAUGAUUAAUGAUCAUAAUUCGUGAGAGGCAUAUGGAUCAUACUAGUUUUGCAGUGGAUGGGUGCGCGCGCAACAUCAACCUGUACUGAAAUGAUUCAGUGAUUAGAAACUAUAACUGGAAACAGCGUUACAGUGCUCGUAUGAGAAGUGAUAUUAUCAAAGAGUUUGAGGAUGAUAUGAUUUUUUAAUGAAUUAUGUGAAUCCUGUGUUAAAUGUUAGUGCAACUUAUCGAAGAGAUGUUGACUCUGAUUGGUGGACUUGUCAUUAUCUACUUCCUCUACGUUUUCGUCACGAAGAAAAAUGACAAACCAGCCACGGACACACCGACGAUGGCGCACACGGCUCUACGGGAAUUGGUAGAGCGUGCUGUGGAGGAAGCCAGGAAGUUACCGGGAUUAGGAGGAUCCGAGACCGGAAGGUCUCAAGAAGGCCGUGAUAUAUCUGAUCAAAGUUACGAGGAUCUUCUAGCUACUGCCAUACUCAACAAGGUCAUUGAGAAAUAUCAAAGGGAGCACAUCGACGGUAACAGCAACGUCCUUCGUGAAAAAUCAUCACCAAGGCCGAAAUUCAUAACCAGUGAAAUCGAGGUGGGGCUCGAUGAGGGAGUCGAGGAAGGUAGCAGCAGCUUGGAACCACUGUCCCAAGACGAAUAUAGCAGCGAUACCAGUGUACCACCAUCCAGGCACAUCAGGACCCGUCAAGAACCGCUGUCGUUAACGAUCGAAGAACAUAUCGAAGAGGUUACUACGACCUAUACGUCGGACGAAGAUCGCGAGGAAAAUGAGACCAACGAAUUGGAUUUCAAAAAUGCACGUAGGGUACCAUUCCCAGAAUUUGGAAUGGAUAUUAUUGAUCCAUCGCAGGAAUCAUCGGAGGAUAGUCAAGAAGAAUCGGAUCUGCCUUCGCACGUGGAUCACGUGAUACCAGUAGAGUCCUGGGAAGAAAAUUGGCUUUUCCAAAAAAAGAAAAUGCAAGCGCAAUCCGAACCCGUGGCUAUGCUAGUACCUAAUCCUAGCGCUGAUUUUCGGGCGCUGAUUGGCGAUAAGGAUGCGGAAGACACUUCUGACCUCUCGGAAUGUUCUGCUCAAUCCGAUGAAGAGAUCGAAGAGGAAUUGAUGCAGGCUAUCAAUAAUGUUGUACCGAAAUCACUAAAUGAUUCGGAAGUAAGACAGACAUUUAUCGAAGAUCAGACACUAACGGGUGGAACUCUUCGGGAUACAGAUAAGCGAGAGAGUAUUGUUGAAGAAUUUUUAGAAAAGGAACAAAUUAUUGUAAAACCAAGUAGCAGCCCUGUGCAGAUUUCAAAAGUCACGGAAGUACUCAGUCAAAAUGUAAAGAAACAUGUGAAUGUCGAGAAUGAUCUUGAGAAAGUAGUGUAUGACGUGCAUGACGCACAGGAAGGUGUGGAAGAUACUGGAAAAGUUGAAGUAUCCGUGGAAGUGCAUAACGUGCACAUCGACUCUGGCAAUGCGGAGAGAAAAUUAAGAAAAGAAGAAAUUGACGAUGUGAAAAAUAAAGAAACUGACAAAUCCAAUAAAAUAAUUGAAGAAUCUUCGAAAAGGAUGGACAUUCUAAGAGACCUCAGUAAGCCCGAUGAUCAUAUUCAUUCUAAUGAUAAAGACAGGCCUACGAAUAUAGAACCAAUAAUUGAAAAUUCAAAGCACCAGCUAGAGACAAUGCAGAAAGAAGAAAACGAUGAUACUCAGAAAAUUAGUGAAUACACGAUAAAAGCAACGAAUGAUUCAAGUGUAAAUGGACAAGAAGAAACCUUGAACUUAAAACUGGAAAAAGAAAGAGCGUCGACUAAUCUUUUUGUGGAGACUAAAGAUGCAAAUUCGCAAAAUACUUCGAACAGCGUCAAGAUUAAGGACAGUCAAUUGAUCCAUGAAGCAAAGUUCGAAUUGUCAGUUAACCAUGAAAAUAGAACCGAAACGUCCACGAGCGUCACUAGGGAGUACAACUUGAUUGAUCGACAACUGAUAUCUCUAAUAGAUGAAAAUCCGAUAUCAGAAACUCCAAAGACACCAACAUCGUCACCUGCGAGAAAUUCCAUACCAGGAAGCGAUACAGAACAUUUUAUAAAACACGAUCUUCGUUCUCUAGAUAAGAAAUUGGAAUCAAUCGAAACAAGCAUGGAUAGACAAUUGGAUUCGUUUGAAGUUGUCUCGAGCAACGAAAACGAUGAUCUAAUUUCGCUGGAGAGCGCUACCAAUACAUUUGUAAAGAUCAAUAGCGAAGCUGAGGAUCAAUCGAAAAUAGAAAAAGGAAACGAUCGAUAUCAAUCACAGAGUAUCAACGUAAAUCACAAUAUCGAUAAUCAAGGUGAAGACGGAGCUCAGCAAGAGAGUGAAUAUACAGAACAUUACGAUAUUGCGACUCAGAGGCACUUCGACACUUCAACGAAGAAUGAUGUUCCACAAAGAAACAAUGAUGUUGAUGAAAUCCCACCUCCGAUACCAAAAAGUCCACCGCCUCCUGCUGAAACGCUCAGGCAGUGCCGUGAGGCUCUGGCAGUGGCCAGUGCCAAUAUCACACUGGUUCCUUCAUCACCCGGAAGAAAGAGAGUGGAGGCAGAUAUCCAAUUGGCAACUCCACCGCGUCCAGGCACUAUAGCAGAGCGCGAGCACAAAAAAUGGGAAAACGCAGCGCCCAUUGAAAACAAUCCAUACAGCGAAGAAAAUAUCCAAAAGCGUCUGUGGGAGCGACAAUACUCCAGAAGAUCCUCAUCAGACGUGCUAGGAAACACUAAUGAAUUACCAAAGGGUCCAGGUGAACCGUUACAAGUAAUUUUAGGUGCUACUCAACCAGAUUACAAACGAUUUGGAAGAGAUUACUAUAUCAACGACGCGAAGGUGUCGAGUGAUGAGAGACCGAGAAGAUCAGCAAUGUCAAGUUCGGGUAGACCGAACAGCUCCUUAUCUCAGCACUCAAGCAUGACCGGAAGUGAACUCGAACAUCAGGAUCAGACUCAGUACACGGAGUUGGGAUCCACAUCAAGUGGUACAAAUGAGGUCAAGUCCAAGGUAUCCACAUGGCAGCAAAAUAACAUGGAGAUCAGCCAGCCGGAAGGAUCCUCUGGAAUUCAGAGGGUAGAGGCUGUCAUCCAAAUAGGAAGCCCAUCGUCGCUGACAUCAGAAUCGCAGAGCGAGGAAGUUCAGUACUACAGGAGUAACGUGACAACCAGCCAAAGGACGCGUGAGCAUCAGGUCAACGAGAUCCUGGAAAAUGAAAGAAAAAAUAGUAAAAAUGAAUUAAACGCUAAGUUGAAUAAUCAGGACGGAUACGACGGAGCGAGUAUAACCGAGAGUAAGAAAUUAUAUUCGAACGAGGGUCACAAAAAGAUCCAGCGCAUCGACCUCAAGGCUUAUGGAUUUGAGAAUGAAAUUAGCUCGAGGAGCAACGAGGUCAAGAACACCUCUCAAAAGCGCGUAGUGAACAAAUUAGACCUUAAGUCUUUCGGCUAUGACACAGGAGUGCACACGACACGAUAUACUAGUCAAGCCGAUAGUAAUAAAGUGAAUAACAAUUCGAACACAAAACCAAUGAUCGUCAAGAUGAAAACAAAAUCGAAUUUGACAAAGCUUAAGGAAUUAGAAACGUCUACUAGUACCAGUGACUAUACAGAGUAUUGGGCUUCCGGUGAUCGUAGCAUGGUAAAGAGUACAGAGACGUUGAAUGAAAAUGAACUGAAACUCGAAGACCGCAAUAAAUUCGGUACGAUGAUCUCAGUAAAAUCAAUGCCCAACGUGGCAAAGAGUGAACACUAUGCAAAGGAUUCGGAGAGGGUUCGAAGCUACGAAGGUGAGGAAGACAUCAUCAUAAAGACGUUCAUCAAGAAGAGGUCGACGGAGGAAAAGCUUAGAAAAGAAAUGAUCAAGGCAUCCUCUAAAAGUCAUGGUCUAUGGAAAUCAGAGACGAUACUUGCCGCUGACAAUUCCGAAUUAUCAGACGUCUACUCUGAAGACGAAGUAGAUGGUUCAAUUACUAAAACGAAAUCUACCGAAGUCUUCUCAUCGGGAGAUCAUCAUCAAAAGUCAUCGGAAGUCUCGUCAACCAAGAGUGAAUUCUCGGAAGAGGCUACGAGUUCUAUCAACGCUGAUGAUGAGGAUCUGCCAAUGCCUUCAGUGAGAAGACUUGCUCAGGCAUUCAGUAAAACGACAGAAACAAAACCAGUACCGGCUGCCAGGAUGUCUAAGUCCACCAGUAACAUUGCCAAGGAGAGGUCGACCACCCCUGAGAUACUCAUAGUGGAAACACCCAGGCAAAUGCAUAGUCUAACUGCCAGAUCCUUAUCUAAGGAGUUCAGAGAAGGAUUACGUCAAAUUCCUAUUAAAAUGACGCAAUCGCCCACCAAUCACACUGUUGAUGAUCAGUCGAAAAAAGUUGAGAAUCAACCGGAGAUAGUAUUGUCUGAAGCAGAUAAUCCAGUGGAUGAUACUGCGUUGAUUGAACCUGGAAAGUUGAAGAAUAACAUCAAAUUUUGGGAACAACUACAGAGGCGAAGUUAAAAAUUCGUCAAAGCAAUUGCGCCAAAAAUUGACACGAAAGGAAUGAAACUUCGUGCAAUUUUGGAUCAUUUAAAUAACUGAGCAGAACACUAAUGUGUUGUCAUUAGUCAACAAUUGUUGUGAUAAAUCCAAAGGUGCACGAGAAAUUUGUGUUUUUACUUGCAAUUGUUUUGGAUCGAGAUUUUAAUCAUAUAAAUAAAUACAAAUCUGUGUCUGUUGUGACGUUAAUGUUAUCGGUGCCGAUUGGACUCGUUUAUGGUUGUUCUUUGAUAUUGCAACAGAAACACAACAUUUUGUAUAGUCCUGUACAAUAAAACUAUUUUGACAUAGUCUUUGCCAGAAAAUGACUCUUCUUUGUAUCGCAGUAAUAUUCGCGCAAACAAUUUAGAUUUUCCAUUCCUCAAAUCAAUCGCAACAACGAAGCAUCUAAUAAAUUAAAUUCCACAAUGGAAAAGUGUUAUUACAGAAACGUGGAUAAAUGAUGCGAUCAUUCAUAUUUUUUUAUAUCCAAUUUAUGUAAUAUUAUUCAGGAUGAUUAUGCGAUUUAUGCAUGGCAUGUGAUUACUUUAUAAAACUUCAAUGACGAUCCUUUACUAGAUUAUAUUUUGGCUUAUGAACUUACGGUUUCAGUCAUUUGUACGACAUUACAAAAAUUGCCAGAAUGCUUUAUCCACAUGGGUUUCAAUUCUUGCACAAUGUAAGAUUUUGUUAACACUAAACAUAUGCAAUGGCACAGAUACGUAUCCAGAUAAUAAAUAAAAAUUCUUCGAUUAUUCCAGGAAUUUUUUAAGACGUACAAAAUUGAUAAUAUUACAUUUGUGCCAAAGGACACUGAAGUGUCAUUAUCCAAAGAUUGGUAUCCUAAGUAACUUUUCUUAAGCUACAUAUAAUGUAGGACACGUAGCACGUUUAAGAAAAUUAUACACGUAAAUUUUAUAACUUCAUCAUUAACAGAUCAAUAAGUAUAACAUGAAUUUUGGAAGUUGAAUACCAAAUUCACAAUUUCCGUAAAAAAAAGGAACAUAAAAUUUUACUUACGUGUAAUUCAGUCACAUAUACGGAAAUUAAAAACACUGAUUCCAGUGUCGUUGGUUUUUGUUCAAUAUACUUGGAGAUUACAUAUUUUACCGAUUAAUGUAAAAUAAUAAUUCAUGGCUGAAAAGUGUACUCAUUCUUCCAUUACUCGAGAUUACAAUUAUCAUGGGGUUAGAAAUUUAAGUGGAUAAAACUACAAAUACAAAUUGUUCUAAUGCUUGAAAUUGAAGACACGGAAUUCACAAAAAUAUUUGCCAAUUUCGAACUGGCAAUGUUGGAUAUGUAUAAAGUUUUCAGCCAUGAUGUAUCGUUGUAGAUAUUAAUAAUAUUUUCUAUAGAUAAGUAUUACUGGAUGAAAACUAUUUAACAGCAUAUCCAAGAAAUAAAGAUUCUUGUAAUCUUAGUAUAUAGACGUACAUAUGUAAUUGCAUAUGAAAUUGUAUAUUUUAGAAUAAUAAAAUAUCUAAGAAUA